ACAAUGGGAGCUUCGGUGUCAAACGCCAGACAGGCAGCUCAGAGAGAGUUAGAGAUAACGUAAAUUGUUAUAUCGCCGCCACACACACUGCACACUUGCGUAGCUGGAAGUUCGAAUGCUGAGAAUGAAGUUGAAAGUGUGAACAAGAGUGGAGGUAGUAAGUUAAGCAAAUAAGAAAGAAAAAGGAAGGCAGAGCACAGGAGAAGAAAAAAGAAACAAAAAAAUGCCAAAAUUCAACCUAGAUGCAAUAUGUGCUAAACUACAAACUCAGCGUGUGCCCCCAGUGAGUGCAACGACCCCAAACGAUGACCAAGCUGAAGCUGACAAAGAAGUAGAUUCAGGGGUCGAUGACUCCGAUAGCGGGAAUGACUGCAUACUGCAGUCGCACAGGACCUAUAUAGAUGAAUAUAAUAAUAUUUCCUCAAAAUCACAAUGGAAAAGCGAUAAUUACCAUAAAGAAAGUUGUGAUAAUCAUGCACUAACAAAUGGACAAACUACACCAAAGAUAGAACCUACAACGCAAGAAUUAGAAAGUAAUAAUAAUAACCAUGAGAGACAAUCAUCCUUAUUCGGUGCACGCAAACGAAAGUCAAAUCAAAGGUAUGUUCCGCGACAAGUGUGCGCGGUCGCCGAUGCAUGUGAAGAAUUUGAUUAUUCCGGUAAUGAGGAUGAUUUACCUAACAGCACUACCAAAGAAGAUUCAGACGUUGGCCUUUAUACAAAAGAGGGCAGUCUUGAUUUAUGUUUACGAAAAUCAGAUAGAUGCAUGAUAAUGCAGAAUGGUUCAGAUGAGGACAGUAUCGAUGGUGCACUUGAUUUAAGUUGCCAAAUGCAAGAUAGGUCCGAUAUGCAAACUGUGAAACACUACGAUACCUCCCCCACAAAAUCUUUUCAAAAUCAUUCUAAUAAUAAUUACAGUCGAAUGACAAUAGAAGAUUAUGCAAAUAGGGCACUUGAAGAUGAGGAUGAGUCUGACGAAGAGCAGAUAAAUGAUAACGUUGUCUGCUGCGUUGAUGAGGAUGGUACCGUAGCUCUUUUUAAGCGUGAUGAACUCCCUUCCGAAGUAUUACGAAACGGUAAUGCAGAUGUUGCUUCCAUACUUUCACAUGAUAAAGACUGUGAAAUAAGUGUGCAGUCAGAUGAAGAGAAGUCAGGAAAAAUGCCGGAAGAGGUUAGCGUAAUGAAGGAGUAUGCGUCAACUGCUUUAGACGAGUUGUUUGAUAUGUACGGUGUAGAAGCUGAGGGCCGGGAAAUGAUGAGACACAUGCCGCUAAAUUCAUUCAGUUUAAAUAAUCUGUUAAAAUUCCAAGAGCAAGAGAAAGUUCUAAAGCGAGCUCAAGAAAAUAGUGGUCGGACUACGAAAGUCCGGAGCUCAGAAAAAUCAAAAGCAGCGCCACCAAACAAGUGCAAUGACGAUGCCGCAGACCAAAUAGAUUCUAAAUCAAGCCAGGCCACUCAGCCGAAAAACUCAGUAGCCUUAUCCAUCCCACGAGGGAAGUGGCAUGAAGAUCAGCAAUAUAUACCCGACUACAGUCCCCCGAAGUACAACGCUAAAAGUAUUUGGGGACGUCCCGUUGGAGGGGGUGGUGGACCGAACUCAAAGAAAACGGUCAAGCAGCUAAUUAUGGAGCAAGCUUUGGUGAAAAGCGAGAAAUUGGAGUCAUUCUCCAAGUAUGAUUACUUGAUACAGAAACUAGAAGCCGGAGAAGCAAUAUCCAAAGAUGUACCAAAUCUGCGGAUUUCAAAAUAUGACAGUUACAUCAAGCGACUACAGGAAGGACAGUCUAUAACCCAGAUUAUAAAUCGCAAGAAUGGUGGCUCCUCUCAAAAAGUCCGCGACCUACUCAACCAUCAGCUUCACCAGAAAGCCAACCUACCAUCCAACGGUGAUAACGCUAAUGCGAACGGUGAAAUGCAGACAAUUGAUCUCUCGGAGCAUGCGAGAUCUAUGCGAGGCCCGCAGUAUGAGGCACUUGUUCAGAAUAUACUUAAAGCGCAAGGUAUAGACGCGUCCACGUUUCAACAUCAACGGCCGGAGGCGGCAAACCAAGACUCAUCUUUACCGCAAGAUUUAAGUAUGGCCUCUGAACGGCACAGGGUAAAGCAGCACGAGUUGGAGUUGAGUAAAGAUAGUGCACCAAGCUACGCUGCGCAGUUCGACGGCAAUGGCUCAAUGGAUGAGAGUGGCGAUGAUGCGUCAAAAUCAACGAGUGAUGUGAUAUCUAAUCUUGAUACAAGCGAUGGUGAACCCAACAUGUAUAUGAAGUAUAUAGCAAAGUACUCAGCCACUACUCAUUGCAAGAUGCCUUACUGCGUCUACCAGUACAAAGAACACUAUCACUGUAUUGCCAACGAAUGUAAAUUUGCUAGAUUCACAAGAAAAGAGGAUGUUGUGCGACAUUACAACUGGCACAAACGACGUGACAACUCCCUUCAGCACGGUUUCAUGAGGUUCAGUCCGUCGGAUGACUGCGCACCGUAUUACCACAACUGCUCCCUCAAUCUCAAGCAUACCCACUACCAUUGCAUGCAGUCUGGAUGUUGCAAGGUGUAUACUAGUACAUCUGAUGUCUUGACUCAUGAGAACUACCACAAAAAGAAUGCUUCUUUGCUCAAUGAUGGCUUCCAGCGCUUCCGCGCCACCGAGGACUGUGGCGUCAACACAUGUAGCUUCUACGGUCAGAAGACCACCCAUUUCCAUUGCCGCCGUAUCGAGUGCAACUUCUCGUUCAAGAAUAAAUGCGACAUAGAGAAACACAAGGCCUUCCACAUCAAGGAUGAUCAGUAUCAACGUGAAGGCUUUAAGAAAUUCUCAAAGCAUGAGUUUUGCCGAUUCGAUGGCUGCAGGUAUUCCCACAACACCAACCAUUUUCACUGUAUUCGAUCAGACUGUGACUUCACGUUUACAGCCGCAAACCAGAUGCAAUCACAUCGACGCAAACACGAAAGACGGCAAAGAAUCAUAGCCUUCGAGUAUGACCAGCAACGUCGCAAGCUUUUCAAACACCUGAAACCGAAGACAACCGUCUUUAGGAAUCUAGUCACCAUGAACCAUGUACCGACAGGACCGGUCAUGAUACCAAACAUACCAAACUCUAAACUGGUGAUGGACCUUCAAAGAGAAGAAGUACCAGCCAAGAAGAUCAAAUUAGAACUGGAGACUAUGAUGUCAGAGAACUUUGGACCCAAGAUCAAAUUAGAACCAGAGACAAUGAUGUCGGAGAACUCUGGACAAGAUGAAGAGGCAUCCUCACCAGAACCGACAAUAACAUCACAACCAUCCUCUUCAGCAAGUACGCCAACUUCUCUAUCAUCGCAAGGGAACAUCUUGUCAAAGGCAUUCGCCGCACAAAUGGAGGGGGAUUCUGCCGGUAUGCAGACAAAUAGUUUCAAUGACUCGUUAAACCUACCGAUACCUUCGACCAUAUCGCCACCAGAGGAGCAGAAGCUUGAGAAGACUAUGAUCUCACCACCAAUCGUAAAGAUGAGGUGGGAUAAUAAACCAGAGGAAAUUUGGCAGAAAUACAUUUUAAGGUACACUGCUAAUGACCACUGUGUUCCUCAUUGCGACCUGAUGUACAAAGGUCACUACCAUUGCCAGGUUCCUGAGUGCCAAUCCACAUUCAAGUCAAAGGAUGGCGUCAAUAAGCAUGCUAGGUAUCACAUGAUGUUUGAAGAGGCAGAAGAGGCAGGUUUCCACUUCUUUGCUCAGGGUGAAAGCUGCGAAGAUACUUUCAAAGACUGCGCAUUCAGUCCACUGGCUCACUACCACUGCAUGUGGAGUCUCAGGCCUGGAAUUUACUGCGGUCAGGUGGUCCACACAGGCAGUAACAACCAAAUGAAACCUCACGAGAUGAAGCACAAUCGUAACCCGCAGCUGGAAGAGAUCAGAGACUCGUACGACGAUGGUAAGAACGAGCUACUAUUCACUACCACCGACACACACGAGCCGGGCUUUGUCAAGUUCCGCGAGAAUCAAUGCACGAGCGGUGAUUGCCAGUUUGUGGCCGAGGUUCACUGUCACUGCACGAGACUGGAUUGUAACUUCACCACCAAUGCUGCAUCGAAGAUGAAGGAGCAUAAAAUUAACGAGAACAUCGCUUUUGAAAGCUUCAAGCAGUUUAGCCGUAAGAUGGACUGUCGUCGACCCGGAUGCAAGUUCAACCUCUGGAAAAAACACUUCCAUUGUCUGCAUUUAGGCUGCAACUUCUCGUUCUUGCAGGUACAGCAGAUGGAGUCGCACGGUCGUAAACACAUGCGCCGUGUAUUUGGCAAGACCUUCAACAAACCUGGGACUGACUGCGCAGACAUGAAAUCCAUGCUACAUGUGAUUCCGACAGCCAACAUCAACUUGAGUAAGAACAAUGGAAACUCGCCUCCCUUAACAUCAUCCCCUAUUGUACAACCGGUACAUCAUAGCUACCCAGCGGUAUCUGCAACCACGGUUGGUGUGACACCAAGCAUGCGAGGUGAGAAAUCUAAGCCGCUUCCACCAUUCAUGAUACCUCUUUCGCCGCUUGAUGCUGAAGAAUCUCCGCCAAGGUCUGUCCUCCCGCCAGAAUAUCCAACCCCAAGUGGGAGUGCAUCUCAGAGUGCGAACUCGCCUAUGCUCGCUCAUUGGAAAGUCUCACCAGGCAAGCGACCAUUCACACUGAUCAUCGAGGACCCAAGUAAGCCACCUGGUUAUAGACGUUACAAGCGUGGUCCAAUUGAUGACGCUAUGCAGGAGCGGUUCACGCGGUAUGAACGCAAUGUCAACUGCGGGGAUAAAUGCUGUCAGUUUGCAUUGAACACAACGCAUUAUCAUUGUCUACAUGCAAAGUGUAACUAUAAAUUCGCCGGGAAGACAAUGAUGUACAAACACGCGCAGCAUCAUGAUCGUGUGGACAGUAUCAUACAAGAGGACUUUGAGCGUUUUAAAGCCACCGUCCACUGUGAGCGUCCAGAUUGUGAAUUUGCUCUGAAGCACACUCACUUCCAUUGCUUGCGCUGUCCAUUUAUCUGCACCGACAGUGCAAAGGUCACUGCUCAUAGAAAACAGCACACUAAAUCAGAGGUCAUCUCCUCGGCUGGUUUCAAACAAUUCAGCUCUUCCGAAUCGUGUGAAUUUGAAGCGUGUAAAUACUCCAAUAAAUACUCGCAUUACCACUGUAUGCGACAGAAUUGCUUCCAAGCCGUGCUAGGCAUGACAAUGGUAGAGGCUCAUAGUAGAAAAUAUCACCAACAUUAGAUUCCAAUUCUAGUAAAAAAAGAAAGAAAGAAUGCACAUGACUUGGUUCUUCCAUGUGACGCCCGGUUUUACCUGUUUUCCAUGCUACACUUCCGAAGUAUCACAUUUAAAUCCUCUAUCAAAAUCAAAAGUGAUUGGAUCAGAUUAAAAUCACUAAAAACAAUCAGGUGCGCAUGUCUCGUUGCAUUACAUUUUCUGUGGAAUCGCAUAGGUAAUGAUCAUCGGUGCAGUGUGUGGCCGGUUUUACCAGCAAGGCUUAGUGAAAAUCCGUAGUGGUUUCAACUCUAGGUGACUUCAGAUUGCCAGUUAUAUGUUGUUUGCGAUUAUCUGAUUGUCAAUCCAAUCUGCUUGUCGGUGAUUCUUGUUUGUGAAUGUUUUUACUUGCAACAGGUUAAGCAUCCAUUGUUCCAGUUUACUCGCAAUAAUCAUAUGAGUGUCAUUACUCAACAAUUUAUCAAGUUUGUACCAAAGGAUUACCAAGAUAUACCUCCGGUUUAGUAAUGGUAAUAUCAUAAAUAUUCAUAUUUAAAACAUGAAUAUUUAUGAGUCAUUAAAUAAUAAUUCAUAAAUAACCUGGUACGUGAAUUUCGCUGAUCUGUAGAUUGUGAAUAUUGAGAAUCUUCUAUUUACUUAUUCAAGUUUAUCUAUUGUAUUCAAAAUACUUUACUUUAUAGUUUUAUGCCACUACUCAAGAGGUAUAAGUAAAUCAUGAAUAUUCAAAUUAUGAAUACCGUGAGUUUUAAUCAUGGUUACUGUUUGCUGUGUGCUGCAUUUUGACUGGUUUCUAAGGCAAAGUUUGAUUGAUUUAUCAGUGGUUUUGCUUGAAAAGUCUGUGUCCAUUUUUUUUUGGACAAGUUGUGUUAGGUAAAAUAAUUAAAUUGCAAAAAUUAAAUAUAUUAUAUAAUGAUUUCACUCCGAUAUAAAUGAUCCAAAGACUCCCAAACCAAACAUUAAUAUCUAAGGUAAUUUACUUACAUCUAGGUCUUCCAUUUUGUUUUACCCAUAAUCCUCAUUAAUGACAUGUGAUCUGUCUCAUCCAAUUAGGAUGCUGGCAUCACAUUUUAGUUUAUGUGUAACCAAAGAUUGCUGUGUGUAGCUGAUAUAUUUUAGAUAUUUGUUAGUGUAUUUUCUUAUUUUUUGUUAAUAUUGAUUUGCUGUAUUGUAUAUAAAAAGAUGAUUUUGAUUGUUGUUUUAAUGUUUUAUGGGUUCGUUGCAAUUUGUUCUGAUUUGGCAAAUGCUGUGAUCAAGUUUAUUUUGAAUUAGUUAACUCUUAAUUUAAAUAAUAAUGAUUUUGUUUGUUUAGAUUUACAGUAGUUCUAUUUGCCGGACUUGCUUGUGCUUUAUAAUUUUUUAUUUGGUUUUUUUUAUAACUAUAAUUUUUUUUAAUUUAUUUUUUUUUUUAUUGCAUUAUGAAUCAAUUUUAUUGUAGAUUUAAAUAUAAUAGAAUAAAUAUGAACUUAGAGAUUCAAGUUGAUGUUCCAUAUCAAUCCAAUCCAAAUCUGCAACUAUUUUUUAUUCUCAAGAAUUCAAUUAUACUAAAUUUAUCAAAUCCAAAUAUCACCAUGUAGUUAAAAAAUGGUAAAUAUAUAUUUUUUUUUUUUUUUUUUUUUUUUGUGCCAAAAAAAAAGAGUGGUUGUUUCCUUAUCGUGCUGUGAAAAUUUAACAAUUUGAUUUUAUUAUUUAAGAAUUAUUUAGUCUGGUUACAAAAGAUAGACUGAUUCAGUAAUGAUGUUAGAAAUGCAAAAAAAUAACCGGUGGCCCAGCUGUUUAAACAUUGGAACAGGUGUUCAAUGAGUUAACAUGUGUUGUAAUUUGCAUAUGUGGUGACUUGUGUGCCACAUGUGCAGGUGUUUAUAAUCAUGUGAUUGGCACUAGUAAUUAAAGUGUGACACACGUUUUUAAAGAUGGAUAAUGCGCCGGAAGUAUAUCCAAAUAAUUUGACCGUUGUUCUGCAUGUGAGCUCAACGUCCAAUCAUAUUUUUUUUAGUCAGCCAUGCAUAAUUCACCUCAAUUACAUAUAUUAUGUAUGUUCCACUCAGAACUUUAAUUGUGAAUAAUUUUAAUGCUGUAUAACGAUAUGCUGUGUUUUUUGACAGGAUACGAUUCCAGUGCUCUCCAUGUCAAAAUAUAAAUAUACAAAAAUUGCGGUAAUUUUCAUGCCAAAUAUAUACGAGUAUCCAGGUUUUUUCAUAAAUCUAAAUUGUUUUGAAUACAAAUUCCAUUUGACUAAUUAACUUUUAUACUAAUUAAAUAGUUAAGCUGUGUCCUGGUGUAAGUUGUUUGCUGUGCUAUAAUAUUAAUACCAAAAAAUGGUAAGAAUUCUUUAUUGUUAUAAUUAAAAGCUUUAAUAUCUCUGAAUAGUAAGAAUGACAAUUCUGUAGUUAUAAUGACAAAGGUAUUCCCUGUUAAUUGAAUUGUAGAUACAGUAGAUCAAGAUCAUAACUUUCAGUUAUUGUAACUUUUCAAUAUGUAUUUUUUUAUGCCUUUGAAUUGAAAUUACAUUUUCCGUAUAAAGAUAGACCUAUGAAUUGUAUUUUUUUGUUUUCCUGCUAAUACUACUCUGUCCUAUUUUUCGCAUCAAAUAAUGUAAAUACCAAGUAAAUUUCUCUGGAUUUCUUUUCCUCUAUUUUUGCAAAACUAUGCAAGAUAAUUUAUUAGUAUUUUUUGUUGUUUUGACUUCUUUCAAAGUUGUCUUUUACUCUGAGUAGAUGUAAAAUUAUGUGCAAAUAAUUAACACAUCCUAAUUUGUAUAUUGUUUUCUGAUUGAUUUGAUUUUUAAUGAAACUAUAGCACAUUUAUAUAAUUAAUUCACAUUCCAUUUUGAUUGGUUGAAGCACUGUGCAUUAUUGAGUAUUCAUGAGCAGUAGGCUGUUGAAUAUUCAUGUAGGCUUAUAUAUAUAGGUACUAUAUAGACAUUCAUUAAAAUGAAUGUUGUUUAUAAUAUUAUAAGAUGAUUGAGUGGAUGAAAUUUUCAUUUAUCUUUUUUUUAAAUUAUUUUGGGAAUUUAUGCUGUGAAUAGAAUUAUUAUGUUUAUUAAGUGUAUUUUUACAUUAAUCAUUAUUGUUAUUAUUAUUGUUAUUAUUUAUUAAUAUUAUUAUUAUCAUUGGUAAAUUAAGUAAACUCUAUUAUAUAACGUCUGUGAAUUUGUUAACUAUCAUUAACACAGUACUUACGAUAAAUCAGAGAAUAAGGACAGAUAUUAUAGAAGUUAUAGUAAAGAUUCCAGUUUACUGGGUCGUGAACGUGUAAAAGUAGCAAUAAGUACUGAAGUUUCUUGGCCUAUUCAUCUAGAAAUGACAGUGUCAAGACUUAAUGAGAAUAUUGCAGUGAAGAAUAAAUAAAAUUUAAAAAACAAAAUUACAAUCUACAAAAAUUUUGAAAUUUCCUGUUUGCAUAAUUUGUUUUAUUUAAUUCAGUGUGAUAAAGAAAUAAUAUGAAUUUAAUAGUGUUUAGUACCAUUUGUGUUACAAACUUUCAUUUGCUUACUUAAAGUUAUUGAUCAUUAUACAUUAAUGCUAUUUUGAAAAUUACGUUAGAUGAUUGUGAAAGAAAAGUAUCAAAAAAAUAUUUUUAGAGCCAGUCUUAAAAAUGAUAUACUGUAGUUUUUUAGGUUUUAUUCUAUUUUCAUGAGAGGUUUUCUUUUUUGACUCAAACAGUUGUUAUUUUCCCCAAUUACUGGACGCAUUGUUUUUGUUAUUGAUCUAAAGAGUGUUUUUGAGUGGAGCAUUUAAUCAAAGCAGAAAUAGUUUGAAAUGUGUGAACUAUAGAGGGCAGUGUCUAUAAUGUCUCAUCACUUUUGAUGUGAUUUUUUUUUCCAUAUCAGAUCAGGUGUAUUCUCAAGUAGAUAGUUCCUUAUUGUGUGUGUGAUAAGUGAAUGCUUCAAUAUAGAUCUAAAUCAGGAUUUUUUUUUUGUAUCUACUUUAAAUCUUCUGUUACCUGAGGUAGCGGGAAGAUAAACGCUUUUGCUGUGCAACUCAUAGACAAUAUCAAUAUCGUGUGCAAAUUAUUUUUAAUCAUAUUUCCCCAUAUUUUUUUGUGUGUUUAAUAUUUGUAAUGAUUUUGUUUGGAGUGAAAUUUGUUUUUCAAUUGUAUGAAUUUCUUUUCUUUUUUUUUUUCUUUGAUAAUUGGAAAUCAGUUGUUUGGGGGUUUGUGUAUUUUUGAGUGUCAAAAAGCACUAAUAAAAUCUUUGAAUGAUAAAA